AUGAGAACUAAAACUCAGUCCGUCUUCAUGAGCACUUCCAACAGUGGUUACGACAUAAUAAUAUUGGUUGAAACCUGGCUCAACCCCAACUUCAACUCCAAUGAGUUCUUCGAUACUAAUUUAUUCCAUGUCUAUCGCAAGGAUAGAGACUUCAGCAGAAUGAAGUGCGAGAGAUGUGGAGGCGUCAUCGUGGAUGUCCGCCGUACCUUCUCCUGCUGCGCAGCUGUACUUUCAAACGAGGACUCUCAUCUGGACCAGUUGGCUGUUGAGGUAUCUGGAUUAAAUGUGCUACCAAAAUUCAACGCGGACCUUGAUGGCGCCGACGCAUCGGUGUGGUGUUCUACAGUAAAUAUAAUUUUGGCAGAAAAUACCGUAAAAGGCAGCGCGUUGGUGAUGGCCUUGAGUGCAUCGUUGGAAGGUAGUGCGUCGCAGUCUUGGGACGAAUUGAAAGAACUUUUCAUGCAGCGUUUUGGCAGUGUAGAACCGCCAGCUUUUAUGUUUCUGUCAAUGUUAGCUAAUUGUCCGACGGAUGGCGAAUGUCUCUCCAAUUAUGCUAGUCAAUUGAUGACGUCACUUAUCAAGAAAUGGCGUGACAUGAAUGUGGAGAAAAUUGCAGUUUCUGUUACGCUUGCGAAGAUGGCUCACGUUGAUAACAGAUUGCAGCGCCUAACCUUUACUUCAAAUUUGCGUACCAGAAGUGAAUUGCAAACCGAGCUUAAAGCAUUCACGUUCAACAAAAGAAAGAAAACUUUGCAAGAGGAAAUAUCUUCACCUGACAUAAAGCGUCCGAAACUUUCAACAAUCAAGUGCCAUUUUUGUGCAAAAUUCGGUCACAAAAUGAUGGAAUGUCGAGCUAAACAGCAGCAAAAUCAUCCUUUGUCUCUUGCUAUGAACAGUAGCGACAGGAGCGCACUUGGUCACCAUAAAAAAGCGAAUGUAAACUGCUUAAAGGGUGGUAAACUUGGUCAUAUUUUAACAUAUUGCAGUAAGUUCAAGAUGGAUAAAAAGAAGGAUACACACCAGAUGAAAAAAGUGGAGCUAUGCGAAGUGGUUGAGCCCAAAGGAGAGAAGGUUCAUCAAGUCAAAUUCUUUCUUAUUCUCAGUUAUGAUGCUCUGAAAAUCUCCCUGGCUUCCAUUCUCAACCUGGCAUGCUCAUCAUCUAGCUCCCAAAUCAGGCAAUCCUGGAUCAACUCCUUGAGGUGA